GUAGUAGCGCGUUAUGACCCGGAUGUUAGAUUGCAACUGCAGUUUCGUGAGUACCUGCCGACCCGGAUGUCCCACUCGACGUCGAUCUAUCAUCAUCAAACACUAAUGUCAUCCUUUUGGCCAGAAAAAUAUGUUCAAUCGGAUAGAUUCGAGCAAAUCAACGAAAGGUGCGAGCAAAUUACGAAGGGACCUGAUAAACGCGGAAAUAGCAAAUUUACGUGAUCUAUUACCGCUGCCACCGUCAACACGACAGAGACUCUCGCAGCUACAACUCAUGGCCCUCGUUUGUGUCUUUUUACGAAAAGCAAACUAUUUCCAGCAAGCCUUGAAAAGCAGUCCAUCCGAGUCGAACAUUCCAACGCCAAAUAUUGGAUUUUCAAAAGCCAUGUCUGGUUUCAUCAUGAUGAUGACCCAGCAAGGGAAGUUGCUGUACAUAUCGGAAAAUGCUGCAGAGUACCUGGGACACUCAAUGGAAGAUUUGCUGAUUCAUGGAGAUAGCGUUUAUGAUGUUAUAGACAAACAGGAUCAUAUGGUUGUGCAAAAUCAACUAGCAAGAAGUGGACCAAUGUCUAAUAAUGAUAGAAGAUUAUUUCUUUGUCGUAUAAAUGUUUCAAGAAAUUCACGUCGACAGCUUCGGUUUGGAGAUCAAAAGGUCGUUUUAGUGGAAGGUCAUUAUUUACCUUUUGUCCCAUUGUGUAAUCGUAACGAGUACGUAUUUCUUGCAUCAUGUACACCAGUAGUUUUACCAGAAACUCGUGAAAGUGUUGUCCAAGGUGCCACAAAUAUCUUUACAACCAUCCACUCGAUGGAUAUGAAGUAUCUUCAUAUAGACAAGACGGCUGAGAGUCACUUGGAGUAUACAAGAUCAGAGCUAGUUGGCGUUUCUUGGUACAAUCUCCUUCACUGGGAUUGCAUAAGGACAGCUUACUGCAAGCAUCAAACAGUAAUCCAGUCGGAUCAAGAAAGAACUAGUACAGCGUUAUUAAGGCUUCAAAAUCGUUCAGGACGAUGGUUUUGGAUACACUGUGUUCUCCAAGUAAAGGAAACUUCUGAAGAAUGUCAGCAUCCUAUUAUUGUAUGCACAAACCAAGUGUUGAGUGAUAAGGAAGCUGAGGUAAUGCGUUCAAGCUCAUGGUUAUACCAGUAUUCUUCACAAUCCAAGUUUACUUAUGGCAUUUGUGCAUCCUCAAAUCAGUCUUCUCAUCCAAUACCUUACCAUGAUCAGUACAACCGUCCACCAGCGUUAAUGCAAUCUCUUCAUCCAUCAGAAUCGUCACUAAGUUCCUAUAGUUUAGAUGAUCCCCAUCGAAAUAGAUUGGACUCUGAAUAUCCACCAGUGCCUAGUGCUUCAACUGUACUUACUAAAGUUGAAUCUACAAACCAAGAAGAUAUAGAACCUGUCGAUAUGUCAAUAAAUAGUGCUGAACAUGAAACUAGAACUUUAUAUCAACUAUCUCAUUCAUUGGAAUUUCCAAAACAAGAAAUUUCUGAUCAACAUCAUCAGCAUUACCAUCACCAUCACCCGCACCUUCAUCAUCAUCCUCAACAACAUCAACCUCACUCAAGAAUUAUGAGUAAAUUUUGUGGAUAUCGAGGAAAACUAGCAGUUCAUUAUCUUCAUGGCCGACAGUAUUCAUCAACAUCAUCUGGAGAAUCAUCCAAGUACACGGAUUUAGAUGCAACUUAUGCAGAAUCGUGUGCUGAAAGAAGUUCUGGUCACAAGAGAUCUACAAAAACUAAUGGAAUCAUGAUGAUUGACACCAAUGAAACCGUUGAACAGUGGAAUUCCAGUCCCGUAUGGUCAGACGCACUUCAAAGAGUUCCAGAUGUAGUUCAACAAGAUCUCAGUCCAUAUAUUACAACUCCUACAACUCCUGUAGACACACCAGAUUCAGCGGAUUUGCACUCUGAGGUACCCGUAUUUAACUUUGACUGGCCUCAUGAGCAACACGUACCAAGUUCGAAAAUUAUGGUUCGAAAAGAUUUAGAACAUAGACAAGAUAGUAAAGAAAAUUUGCAAAUUACGUUGCAUCUUCCACGAAGAAAAAAUCAAACUGAUGCCAGUAAAGAAUAUGAAGAUAAGUGAUAUGUCGUAUUACCGUUAUACAGUAUUGAUCAAAAAUAAUUAUGUAGACAGCUUUAUUUUGUUUGUUUUUUUCCCAAUGGAACUGAUGUUGAAAAUUAGUUAAAUAUGAAAGAAAAAAUGAAAUAAACAUAAGAAUUAUUAUACUGUUGGUAUGUUAAAAAAUUAAUGUAUCAAACAAAUAGUGGCAAUAAUUUACGGAGAAAUCUUCAAACUGAUUUAUUGUA